GGGGGACGGGAGCUUUCAUCAGUCUGUUUGCCACCGCAUACCCCAAGCAAUGCCCACCCCCAGCUGGACGUGAUGAGAAAAGAGUGAGGGCUGUCUGCAGGCGGGUCUUGUUCCCAUCCUGACUCAGCAGGCAACCCCUGCAGGCCCUGCAGGGAGUUGGACGGAUGGGGGUGAGGGGUCUUGGGUGCCAGAGAGGAUGACUGGGCAGCCUGGGAAGGCUCUGAGCAUCAGCCAAAGCUGCCCCCAACGCUCCCUCACCGCUGGCCCGGUCCCCACUGGGCAUCUCACCACCCCGGGGAGGGGAGGGGCAGCCCCUCCAGACAAGGGAGCUCAGGAGGAAGGCAGGGAUAGGUCAGGCCAGGGACCCCAAGGAACCCACGGGGAUCCAGGCGGCCCAAGGCCCAGAGCUGGAAGAGCUGAUGAAAGAAAAGGCUCGCAGCCUCCGUCCCAGACGCAUGCCAGGCGCCCGCCAGACAGACGCUCAGGAAGCUGACAGGCGGGAAUGUGGGGGUCCUCUCGUGCUACUUCCUGGCUAAAUGGGACCCAGGAGUCCUCUCUCCCUGCCGGUCGCCUCUCAAGGCCUCCCGCCAGACCCAGAUAGCAGAGAGAUAUGCUCUUUGGAGAACGCCUCUGGGACUUCGCUGGCGUGAAAGUUUGCCGCGCCAGGUCUCCGGGCCCCCUCGCUCUCUGACUCCGCUCUGUGCAGCGCUCGCCCGCCGACCCCAUCUCCCCUCCCCGCCGCAGCGAGCGGUCCAGGCGGCGGCUACCUGGGUCACCGUCUCCGUCCAUCGCUGCGGAGGGCGGUCGCGAGAGGAGGAGCCGGAGCGCUGCGGGCUACGCGAGUCCCGGGGCGGCGAGUACCGGCGCUGUCCGCGUCUGUGUCGGUCCCGGCGGCCGCGCCUCUUAAAGGCCCCCGACCCGCCCCGCCCCGCCCCGCCCCGCCUCUGGCCCGGCGCCCGGCCGCCCCGCAGUCCCAGCAAUCGGCUCGAGGCCUGGGGCUGCGGGUUCCUCAGCGGACCCAGGAGGCUGGGAAAGCCACAGGAGGGUGUCCAGAAGCCACAGCCAUGGCUGUGGGGAACAUCAACGAGCUGCCGGAGAACAUCCUGCUGGAGCUGUUCACACACGUGCCCGCCCGCCAGCUGCUGCUGAACUGCCGCCUGGUCUGCAGCCUCUGGCGGGAUCUCAUCGACCUGGUGACCCUCUGGAAGCGCAAGUGCCUGCGAGAGGGCUUCAUCACCGAGGACUGGGACCAGCCCGUGGCCGACUGGAAGAUCUUCUACUUCCUACGGAGCCUGCACAGGAACCUCCUGCACAACCCGUGCGCUGAAGAGGGGUUCGAGUUCUGGAGCCUGGAUGUGAAUGGAGGCGAUGAGUGGAAGGUGGAGGAUCUCUCUCGAGACCAGAGGAAGGAAUUCCCCAAUGACCAGGUCAAGAAAUACUUCGUGACUUCAUAUUACACCUGCCUCAAGUCCCAGGUGGUGGACCUCAAGGCUGAAGGGUAUUGGGAGGAGCUGAUGGAUACCACACGGCCGGACAUCGAGGUCAAGGACUGGUUCGCAGCCAGGCCAGAUUGCGGGUCCAAGUACCAGCUGUGCGUUCAGCUCCUGUCGUCCGCGCACGCGCCUCUGGGGACCUUCCAGCCAGACCCGGCAACCAUCCAGCAGAAGAGCGAUGCCAAGUGGAGGGAGGUCUCCCACACAUUCUCCAACUACCCGCCCGGCGUCCGCUACAUCUGGUUUCAGCACGGCGGCGUGGACACUCAUUACUGGGCCGGCUGGUACGGCCCGAGGGUCACCAACAGCAGCAUCACCAUCGGGCCCCCGCUGCCCUGACGCCCCCUGAGCCCCCAUCUGCUGAACCCUGACUGGUAAACAACUGCUGUCAGAAAACGGCUGGGCUUGGGAAGGGGAGGUGGAGGCCAGGCGUCCCCAGACCUCUGACUCUUGCCCCCAGCUGCCUCUUCUUUGUGGAGCCUCUCGGCGUGGGCAGCCCUCACAUGCUGGGGUGGGGGCCAGCUCUCCCCAAAAGGUCUUGACCUGAACGAUGGGUGAGGAAGCCUGCAUGGGCCCCUUUCAGAGACGGAGCACCUGAGAGGUGGGAGGUGCGGCGUGUUCCCCCGGGCCCCUCAGAAAGUCGAGCUUGGAGGCCAGCCUGGAUCUGUCUCUCCCUUCCCCUCCUGGGACCAUUCUCCCUGUGUUCUUUGACCCUCAGAGCAGGGACAGGCAAGACAUCUGGCAAGCUUGCAGCUGCCCUGAUGGUGCAGGGAGGUGACCGUGUAACUCAGACCAGUCUGGGAAGUGGAGGGUGGGCUCGUGGGCCAUGCUCUGCCCGUCUGCUGCUCCCAGUCUCUUACUCUGCCUGCCUGCUCAGAACAGGUGGCUUUGGCCCAGAGGCUCAGGCCCGGUCUGAGAUGGGCAGACCCAGGGUGGAGUGGGGUCCAGGUCAGGUGUGGACUGUCCUCACUAUCAAUAGAGCCCCAGAAGCUAGAUGGGUGCCAGGUGGGGGUCAGGUUCCCAGAGGACUGAGGGAAUCCUGCACAGGAUGUGCCAGGGUAGGUGGGGAGCAGGAUUGGGACCUGCUCUGACAGCUGGACACAUGAGCCCUGGAUGACUGUGGUAGGGUGUUUGAAGGGUCCCCUGCCCACCUCCCAAAUCCAGGCCAGACCCCCUGUGGCUUGGAGAGCAUUCCAAGCCCCCACCUCACCCCUAGAACUGCCAUUCCCAAGACCUCUGUCUCCCACCCAGCCACCCUUGGAACUUGCCUCUUGUCCUGCUGGAAGGACAGCAGUGUUCUCCUGACCUCGCCCUACUGCAUGCAGUCAAAUAAAAGGUGUGCCCAGCCUAA